UUCGUGCGCACGGUUUGAUAUAUUCCUUGCUGGGAUAUCGGCGAACUGUGAGUAUCGGGGAGGAUAGGCAGCCCCUGUUAAGUAGUGAAAUCACAGUUGCCAUGAUGUCUGCAGAUGGGCAAAACAAUUGCAUUACUAGUAAGGGGAACUUCAUAAAGAGGUUCAGCAGCCUGAUGGCAGUAAGUUCCACUUACAACACCUUCUGUAAUGUUUAUAACAAUACCAAGGACAAGUAUCCUGUAUUCGCAUCAGUUUGGGAGAUUUCCGAGGAAGGAAUCAAGAGAACCACUGCCGUAGUUCUGAAAAGCAUCCAGCCAGUUCUUCAGAAGUUUCAACCUCAAAUUGCAAUUGCCAAUGAUUAUGCCUGUAAAGGACUUGACCAUCUAGAAGAGAAAUUUCCUGUACUUCAUGAGGAUUCCACAAAAAUUGCAUCUGAUUUGAAAGAAGUGGCAAUUGGGAAAAUGAGAAGCAUAAAGGAUAAAGUCACCAAUCCUAUCCUUCACGUUUCUGAUAUAGCAAUAAGUGUGGCCACCUACAGAAUUGAGCAAAUGAAAGUCUUUGUUAACGAAAGUGUGAUUUCAGUUUUGAGCAGUGGAAUUGGAAGAUCAAUAACUAAUGGGGUGGAUGCUACCUUAUCACAAUCUCAGCAGCUGGCUGACUUUUAUUUGCCAGUUGAAGGUGGAAAUGGAACUGUAGGUGAGGCUACACCUAGUGAGGAAACCAUCAGCUCUUCCACGUUGUCAAUCAGGAAAUGUAUGAAGCCUGAGGUUCUUGACUUUUGUAAGAGUUUUCAAAGUUGUUUGGUUACCAACCUAAAUGAAAUAACAAAUCUUUUACAAAAGAGGUUGCAGCAAGUUUUUGCCAUCAUUCAGAAGUUCAACCAAAAGCUUUGGUCCAAUACGGGCUGUUUUAUAUCCCAAGUAAAGGGAAAAUUGUGGAAUGCAUGGAAAGCCCUAAUUGUGAAGAAAGAUCAUGUCCUAAGCUAUCUUGUCAAUGUCUUGUUGCUCCCUGGAAUAUCUGCAGAAGAGGAUGAGAAGAAGUUUGAAAUGGGAGAGAAUAGAAAUCGAAGCUGGAGUUCGCUCGUGCCAAGACCAGCCAAGGAGAAAAUGGCGCAAAUGUCUGAUGUAAAACCCAAACCACAGAUCUCCCCAGGAAGAGAGGCUGACCCUAUACCCAGUGAAAAUUCAAGUUCCCCAACUGUAAUAGAACCAGAGGGUGUAAGGCCUGCAGGUUUCAGCUUGGGACAGAAUGACCAGGAAGAGACAUGCCCAGCGUCUGUGAUCCCUAAUGAACAUUUACAGAAAGACUUUGAGCAACCUGAAGCUCAAGAGCCAGUGUUCCAGGAGCAGCAAGUCAGGGAGGACUUAAGGGAGUCGGAGCUGAGCUGUCCCAAACCAUCUUAAUUUUAUAAGAUUUUGGAAUAGCCAGAGCAGGACAGUGAAUUAGACACAGCAUUGGUGUAACUUGUCAACACAUUAGCAGUGAGUAAUGAAAGAAAUAAAAAUGAUCAUUGUGAGCAAGCUUCUCUAACAAAAACUUCAAACAAAUAUUUGGCUAGAAAGUUGGUCAAAGUCUACAGCUUUUAUCUAAACCUGUAGUUGGCAAUCAGUUUAUACUGUUGUCUAAAUACCUGACCAUUCUGGACUGCUGUUUAAUAUUGAUGAGGUUUCACUGCAACUUAACUGCUUAAGUGACAUCUUGUAUUAAAUGUAGAACUGAGUGCCAAUUAGUGGGUGGCAGAGCUGUUUGAAAUGGAAUCAUCACAGCCUCUUCGAGGGAAGGGAACUGAUCUAAAGACUUUUUUAAUAAUGUGGGAUCAGGGUUGAAUGGAAUAGGGUUUUCAGCUUCACUUUAAGAGAAGGUUUGAGGGACAGGGAGUAACUUCCAAGAACCUAAGCUCACGAGAUGAAAUGGGCUGAGUCAGAUUCAUGAUUUGCACACUGAUCUGAAAGGGAUUCAGUUUGAUGACUUGUCGGUCAACUUUGCCAUGCUGACACCUUAAAUAUAUAUGACAUUCCUGAUCCCACUUCGCAGCACUUGGUCCAUUAGCAUUGUGGGUUAAUGGAUGUAACUUCCAUUUGUAUCUCCAAGUGUGUAAUUUUUUUUUGAGCUUUCAAAAAAAACGGAGCUGUGGAUGCUGGAAAUUGGAAACAAAACACAAUUUGCUGGAGCAACUCAGCCGGUCUGGCAGCAUGUGUGGAGAGAGAAACAGUUUAACGUUUUGGGUCCAGUGAAAACUGAAGGGUCGUUGGACCUGAAAAAAAUAACUGUAUUUUCUCCACAGAGGCUUCAGGAGCAGCUGAGUUUCUGCAGCAAAUUCUGUUUCUUUUUUUUUGUUUCUUUUUGAACUCACGUGCUACACUGUGUUUGUGAAGGUAGUCAACUUCUGGUCUAACAAGAAUUCUUGUAGAGUGAAGGAAAUGUAGUUGGUUGAUUUGUGCCCUGGCAACUGUUUACGCAUCAAAAUAGACUUUACCUUUACUGCAAAGACAGUAGUGAGGAAUUUGGCUUGGGUCUGUCUCCCAAAAGAUCCUAUUUACUCUCCUGCCAGGUAAGUCCUCAUGAUGUUAAUCAUAAUGAGUUCCAUAAGCACCAACCAAAUCAGGUAUUAACUCUUUUUGCUGUAUGGAUCUGGGAGCAUCUGGGCAAUCACAGUAUUUAGGAUGCAUUUAUCACCCUUUUGCCUCAAAAAGAACAAAUGUUCCUUGUAAAUUGAAAUGUGCCUGCAGUUACGUUAUUGAAUGCAUGUAUCAUACCCUGGGCCUAAAUAGCAUCACAAUAAAUGUAGUUUUUGUUUAGA